UACAAACUGGACUGUAGUCGUGAUCAUGAAGCCAUAAAAGAUAUGAUUGUACUAUACACUGUAAAAAUUUCAGAAAGUAUUGUGCACAGUUUUUCAAAAUGGCCACGCUCGGUCGUCUCGUAUCGCAAAUUAAAAAAUCUUUUAUUAAUCCAAAUUAUAAUAGAGCAAUAUCUUUAUCUGCUACAACACGUAUCAAAGAAAUAAUUGAAAAGAAAGAAGGAAAUAAUGUAAUUAUUGAAGCUGUCAUACGCCCUCAAAAGAAUGCCUAUUUAUUAAUGAAAACUAAAAAUGGAGCUUGUCCGUUAUGUUCCACCAAUCUCAACGUUAAACAUACUGAUGUUCUUAUAUUAAGUCAAUUUGUCAGAUCUGAUGGUUGUAUGUUACCACGAAGAAUCACUGGCUUAUGUGCAGUACAACAAAAAAGAGUAUCUACUAUGGUAGCUAUGGCACAGAAAGCUGGUUUAAUGUCUAAUUUAGGUCCAGCAAGUAGUCAUAAAGAUCCUAAAAAAAGACGUUAUUGGAAAAAGUUUAACACAUAUUUUGAUGAGGCAACUAUUAAACGUAGGUAUCUAUAAUUGUUAAUAUAAUAGGUACCACAUGACAUGUAAUUAUUUUAAUUUAAAAUGUAUAUACAAAAUAUCAA